AUGUGUGUUCUCUUUGCCAGGCUGAAGGGGGUCCUGGAGCAGAUGGACCGCGGCGUAGUGGACCUCCAAGAGCUCCGCAGGAACCUGGAGCUGGCCGCCGCCAUGUUGGACGCCGUCUACACGGACGAAACCAGGCGCCUGCUGGACACCGAGGAUGAGCUCAGCGACCUCCAUGCCGAGUCGGUGCCCAGCGAGGUACGGGAUUGGCUGGCCUGCACCUUCAGCAGGAAGAUGGGCGUCGCCAAGCGCCGUCCCGAGGAGAAGCCAAGAUUCAGGAGCAUAGUGCACGCCGUGCAAGCUGGCAUAUUCGUGGAACGGAUGUACAGACGGACUUCCAACAUGGCUGGUCUGACCUACCCGCCCACAGCUUUGACAGCUCUGAAGGAGGUGGACCAGUGGUCUUUCGAUGUUUUCGCCUUCCACGAGGCCACCGGAGACCACGCCCUCAAGUUCCUGGUCUACGACCUCCUGACCCGCUAUGACCUCAUCACCAGGUUCAGGAUCCCCGUGCAGGCUCUGGUGCAGUUUGUGGAGGCUUUGGAGAACGGCUACAGCAAACACAGGAACCCCUACCACAACCUGAUCCACGCCGCCGACGUCACCCAGACGGCCCACUUCCUCAUGCUGCACACCGGACUCAUGCACUGGCUCAGCGAGCUGGAAAUCCUGGCAAUGGUUUUUGCGGCAGCAAUUCACGACUUUGAACACACGGGAACCACUAACAACUUCCACAUCCAUACCAGGUCAGAGGUGGCCAUUCUGUACAAUGACCGGUCGGUGCUGGAGAACCAUCACGUCAGCGCCGCCUACAAGCUGAUGGCGGAGGAGGACAUGAACAUCCUGGUCAACCUGAACAAGGACGACUGGAGGGAACUUCGGUCCCUGGUGAUAGAGAUGGUGAUGUCCACAGACAUGUCCUGCCACUUCCAGCAGAUCAAGACCAUGAGGAAUGCCCUGACCCAGACACUCAGUAUAGACAAAGUGAAGGUUUUGUCCCUGAUGCUUCACGCUGCAGACAUCAGUCAUCCGGCCAAAGCCUGGCCACUGCAUUACCACUGGACUCACAGCCUGAUGGAGGAGUUCUUCAGACAGGGAGAUAAAGAGGUGGAGCUUGGCCUUCCCUUUUCUCCUCUCUGUGACCGCAAAGCUACCAUGAUCGCUCAGUCCCAGAUAGGUUUCAUAGACUUCAUUGUGGAGCCCACUUUCAGCGUUCUGAUUGACACAACAGAAAAGGUCAUCGGUCCUAUGAUAGAGGAAGACAGGUUGGCCAAAGAGACAGGAAAUAGAAGGUCCAGCCUGACGGGAAGUGGCUCGGUCACUGUGGAGUCCGUACAGAGGCACAGCUGUGGCCUUCACGGGAAGCGUGACGAAGGACAAAUGGACUUUUCACUGGCCGCCAUCGACCUGCCGGCUCUGAAGCUCCACCUCUCCAUCGUCAUCACCAGCAACAAGGACCGAUGGAAAGAGCUGUCCGUGCACGAGCUGGCUGAUAAGGAGAAAGAGGAAAAAGAGAACCCAGAAGUUAACGUGGCCUCAGACAGCCAGCCCCGUGCGUCCCCGCCCGUCCACGUGGACGGCCCCCCCGCCCUGGAGACGCCUGACGACGAGACGCCCGACCGCCCGUCCUCGGAUCACCUGACCUGGAACGGGGCGGACAAAGAGGAGGAGGAGGAGGACCAAGUGCCUGAAAACGACUGACGGCGCCCCACGCCGGAGUCCCCCCGCUUUAUCCGAAUGUGUCAGAGCUCUAACAGUUAAAGGAAUCCACAUGACGUCGUUGGAGAAGUUGUGGCACUGGAAUGAUGCUGGAGGAGAGUCUAGAGUAGAAUCCCGAAAUGCCUUUUGACUGGAAGGACACAGGCUGUAAAAACUGUGAAAAACACAUACGUUUUAUAAAAACAGAUUCAACAAGAAUUUUUACAGUCCUAAAACAUGCUAAAAAGAAAAGCCAUUUGGAUAGCUUGGCAGGUUGAUAUUCAGCUAAAAAACUAUGAAAAACUGGA